AAAAAAAAAAAGAAAGAGAAUCACGUGGAUGAGAUGAAAGGGAUGCCGCCGCCUGGCAGGGAGAGAGAGGGAGAGGGGAACAGCAGCAGCAGGGAGAGAGAGAGGAUCUCUCAGCCAUGUAACUAGUGACAAAAGCGGCGAUGGUGAGAUGAUCGGGCUGCUGCCUCCGAUGUGAUCCCUCCUCCUCCUGCAGCAGCAGCGGGGAUCUGGUGGUGAUCGGGGCCGGGAUCUCUCGGCUACAACCGCUUGGAAUCCCGUGGUGUGUGUUUGUGUGCGGCCGGAUUACCCCGAGCAGCGGAUCUCCCCAGCGCCCAGCCCCGCAACCACUUUGACAUUAUGUUCCUGUCGCCCCUGACCCCCCAUCCUGCGAGAUGAAGCAGCCCUGGAUCCAGGGGAGCCGGCCCCUGCUCUGGCUGGGCUUGCUGCUGGCUGUGGCCCCCGGGGGGUCCCUGGCUAAGGAGACUGCCUUUGUGGAAGUGGUUCUGUUCGAGUCCAGUCCCAAUGGAGAUUAUAAAACCCACACUACUGAGUUACAGGGAAGGUUCUCCCGGGCUGGAGCCACAAUCAGCGCAGAGGGGGAGAUCGUGCAGAUGCACCCAUUGGGACUUUGCAACAACAAUGACGAGGAAGAUCUGUACGAGUAUGGCUGGGUUGGAGUGGUGAAACUGGAACAGCCUGAAAUGGAUCCAAAACCAUGUCUGACUGUCUUGGGAAAGGCAAAACGGGCCGUGCAGAGAGGGGCAACAGCAGUCAUAUUCGAUGUCUCUGAUAACCCUGACGCUGUGGAACAGUUGAAUCAAGACUUGGAAGACCCACUGAAAAGGCCAGUUGUGUAUAUGAAAGGCAUGGAUGCUAUUAAACUCAUGAACAUUGUCAACAAGCAGAAAGGCGCUCGAGCAAGAAUUCAGCACCGGCCUCCUCGGCAACCUACCGAAUAUUUUGACAUGGGUAUUUUCCUGGCAUUUUUUGUGGUGGUGUCACUGGUCUGCCUUAUCCUCCUUAUCAAGAUCAAACUCAAGCAGAGAAGAAGUCAGAACUCUAUGAACAGAAUGGCAGUUCAAGCAUUGGAAAAAAUGGAGACUCGGAAAUUCAAAGCGAAGGGGAAAAUGCCCCGUGAAGGUAGUUGCGGUGGCCUUGAUACCCUAAGCAGCAGCUCGACCUCAGACUGCGCCAUAUGCUUAGAAAAAUAUAUUGAUGGAGAGGAGCUGAGAGUCAUUCCUUGCACACAUCGGUUUCACAAGCGGUGCGUGGAUCCCUGGCUUCUCCAGAACCAUACGUGUCCUCACUGUAGGCACAAUAUUAUAGAGCAAAAGAAAGGGGGUCAUGGUGCCAUGUGUAUGGAGAGUGCAAGCAGCCAUGUCCGACAUCAACAGCAACAAAGAGUCAUCCUCCCAGUCCAUUACCCUGGGCGGGUACAACGGACUGGACCCAUUGCAGCAUAUCCAACUCGCACCAGCAUGGGACCGCAUGGUAAUCCCAUCACAGUUCUCACUGUGGAGCGGCCCGUGGAGCCAGAGUUAUAUCCAGCUCGGACCCCUGCUUUUCUAACAGGAUACCGGCCUGUAUCUCUAGAUCAGCCUUCUUCUGGCCAUCAUUGUGACCUGGAGCAUUCACCUUAUCCAGCCCCACAAGCUGGUCAUGGCUUCCGACGUUCCAAGUACAGCGGGAGAGGCUUUAAUACUGCCACUUGUUACUCUCAAUAUGAAACUAUGUACCAGCACUACUACUUCCAAGGUCUAAGCUACCCACACCACCAGGAAACCACAGGUGGCAGUCAGACCUCCAGAGGAGUGGAGAAGGGCCUGAACAAUCCCUUUCAGUCGGGUUCUAAUUUGCUAUAUCAGCCUGCACCUGCCAUGAUGCACAUGGCUCCACCUUCAGCUGGUGGGAGCUGCUUCCUUCACAGCCAGCACCAACAUCGCUCAGUAUGCAGUGGCUACUUAGCAGAUGUUCCCUGCAGUGACAGUAGUUCCAGUUCCAGCACUAGCUCUGCGCAGGGCCAUGCAUCAUCUAACGACUCCAUGCUGGACUGCACUGAGGCUAGCAACCAGGGAGUAUAUGGCAGCUGCUCCACCUUUCGAAGCUCUCUUAGUAGUGACUUUGACCCAUAUGUAUAUAGGAGUUGCAGCCCUGCCAGGACUGGAGUAGGGGAUGCCACAGGUUGUGGGGGGGAGGCUGGAAGAGGAAAGGCGGACUGUAGACCUCACCAUCCCUUUCCAAAUUCUUCGUCCCGGGAUCGCCUGUCCAACUGCAGCCUAGAGAUGAAUUACAGCAGCAAUUCGUCCCUGGAGCGCCGAGGGGCAGCUAUGGCCACUGGGUUAGUUCCAGAUGCCUCUGGCUCCAUCUCACAAGGGGGUUGUAGAAACUGGCGGGGGCCUGAACAGGGGUGCCCCUGUUGCUUUCAGAGGCCCAAUGGGGAUUCCAGUCCAGAAUGCACAAACAUGUACAUGGGUCCAGAGCCCCUGCAAGCAACUGCUGCACCCUGCAGUGGAGGCUUAUACAGUGUUACCUCCAGCAAUUCACACCGGACAGACCCAGGGACUGUACUAGGCCAUUCUGCCCGGCCCUGCUGCCUCUUUGAGGAGAAUCAUGGAAGUUGCUAUGCUGAGGACUAUGCAGUCAGCAUUCAGUAUGCCCUGGCAGAGGCGGCAGCAGCAGCAGCUGCUGCUGCAGUAGCUGGAUGCGAGGCUGGUCAACCAAUACCCAUCAUUCCCGAGGAUCAAGGCUGCGAGGCUGGCCUAGACUGUGUGGGGCAUGUCUCCUGGGAGAUGGAAGGUGAUGAAGAAGAGGAGGAGGUACUGUACUGCCAAGAAGGACCUUGCUGUAUGUUAGUAGAGGAGACACGUGCCUUAUGUCGAAACACAGCGGCAGAGGGAGACGGAAAUCUGUCAGGCCUGGACUGCCACCCAACAGACAAAGACUAAGCACUGUGGAUACAAACCUCUAAGACUACAAUGAAACUUGUGGAAUCUUGUUUGAAUUUAAUAAAAGAAGACAAAAUCACACUUUUUUUAAUUUUAUUUUUGGGUUUUUUUUUUAAUGGUUUUUAACAAAAGUUGGACAUAAAACUCCCAGUGAUUUGGAAUUCACCACACAUUACAACCACUUUUACCUGCUUUGUUCCCUGGACUCAACAAUUGGAGAAUCUGUGUUAUUUGUUUAGGGUUUUUUUUUUUUUUUUUUCAUUUAUUUUAUAAAUAUAUAUAAAUUUAUAUAUAUAUAAAUAUAUAUUAUUUUUGGUUGCUGUUUUAGAAAAAAUUUUCCUUGUGAGUGUGUACAUGCACAAGAACUGUCUUUUCCUGAUGAAAAAGAGAUAUAUAUAUAUUUUUUCAGUAAAAUAAACAAGAAAAUAUUAAUAUUAUUUUUAUCUGUUGGCUGUGAAGCCAGGAAAAAAAAACUAAAAAAGAGUGAUCAGGGGUUAACUUUGUUUUUGUCUGCCUCUUUAAAUGACAAACUAUUUUGUAUUUAAGUUGAGCCUUUGCUAAACAAUGUUCUUAUUUGUAUCCUGUAUAGCUGCAGUUUAUAUUUAUGGUGAAUUCAUGAUAAUGAUCAUAAGCUAAAACCACUUUUAUGUUACAGUAAUAUUUUUAUACAUGAAUAUAUUUGUGCAAUGCAAAUAUAUGUGUUAAAUUUGUAUUUCAUGUCAUAUUUUUAGAAAAGAUGUAUAUUAAUAGUUUAUACUCACAGGCAGAAUCCGUAAAAGAAAAUGACCUAGAUUAAAGUGUCCCCUUUACAUUCUUCAUGAGGGCUGGAUCGCCAAUGGAUUAUCCAGUCCCUGGUACUAGUGGGCGUGACCGCAUCCCGCCAUCUACCUUUUGCAAAAGCUGAGAGUGCUGGGUAAUGCCUCACUGGCAGGGCUAGGGCACCCAUUUAUUGUGAUUGCUCCCGUUUUUAUGAAAUUGUAGCCUUGUCCAUUCACGUGAUGUCUUUGCGAUGUCACUACUUUCUGGUGAAUUGAUAGGUUACAUUAUCAUAAAUACUGGUUUGACACACACAAUAUCUGACCUCACUCUGUAUAGGUAAAUGGGUAAGAUUAGACUGAACCAAAUAUUGAUAUUUUUAUUUUCAUUAUUUAGGAUUCCUCUUUAGGGCCUGUGAGUGCAAUAUCACUAAGGGAUAGGGAUCUCCAGGCCUAUGACUUGAUUAUCACAAGUGUCAAUACCUGAUGUCUUAAGUAGAAAUUAUUUAAAAUACUGUGGCAAAUUUAAAAUUGGACAUAAAGACUCUGAUAAUAGCAUUUUUCUGUGCUAAAGAUAAUUCUGUAGUCCUCCAGGUGAAGCUAAACAUCAAGUCCUUAACAAAGAUAAGUUGUCCCAUUUACUACUCACUGGGGUGGCAGCCUAUAAAUAAACCAGUCAUUGAGCUAUAGGACACUAAGCAUUGGUCCACAAUUCGUUUUUUGGCCAUGUCCCACAUAAUUCCAUAAAGUCAUCCCCAGUGCCACUGAGUAUUCAGAAUCCAAUCUGUCCCCCUAGGUGACCCAACACACCUGUCAGUGGCAGUAGUGCCCAAUUUCAGAACCACUGCACUAAAGGAACUUCUGCUCCACUUGCUCCUUGUGUAUUGAUGUAGGAGCACAAAAUGGCUGUCAUUACUGUGUGUAAGAUUGUCCGCUAAAUGUGGAGGAAUAGCAAUAAAACCUAAACACUUGCAUCUUAAUGCCCAGUCUAGCCGGGAGUUGGUUGCUAGAUGGACAGUUACAAGGUCGAUAGGGUGAAAAUGUCGACAUACGGCUGACACUUUUUUUUUUUCUCUCAUAUUUUUACAACUUUUGGUGCAUUUACUAUCUAUGUCACAAACUUACCUGUAGUAUCCCUGUGGCAAGUGGAGCGAGCCACUGAGCCCCAAGCGACCCUGCGAGGGGACACGAACCAAGCAAAGCAAGCCUGUGAGGGGAAAUAUGUUUAAAAACACAAAAUAACAUUAACCAAAAUUUACUUUUUUGUGUCUACCUUUUCAUGUCGACCUUUUGACCCUGUCGACUUUUUGACUAGAUCUUUUGACCCUGUCGACCUUUAUAAUGUCUAUCUUCUCUAUCACACCCGGCUAGGCACUUACUGAUCCAUUUCAAUGACAUUAAAAAUUGUAGGUUAAAUUGAUGGUACGCGUAUCUCAUUGGGUGGCAGAUUGGGUACAGCCAUAAUAGUUAUAAGUUAGAUUGCUGAGAGGCAAGAUAUAAUUAGGACAAAAGAGGUUUGCUCCGUUGGGCUGUUUACAAUCAAAGAGAAUUAAAAGUAAAAAGUACAUCUGUCAGCAACUUCUAGAAGUUUAUAAUGUAAUGGAGUGCGAGACGGCCAGAGCGCUGGGAUUCCGGACGAACUUGUAAAUUUUUUUAAAGCACCAAACAUUUACAAUCUCCAGGACUCUUGGCCCUAAGUUACUUUCGCCUGUAGCGUUUCUAAAUUUGCCAAACUUUCCUUUUGAAUUUCAAUUAUAAUUUAUUAUUAAGAACUUGUUCCCUUCCCUAAAUCUGCAUACACACCUAAACAAUUAAUGGCCCGAUUGCCUGACACCGUGUGAAUGGGCUGACAAUUGGAUGGGUGUGUAUGAGGGAGCGUAAGCCAAUAAAUGGCUUAAAACGCUGCUGCAAGGGUCGGGAUUGAGAUCUUGCAUCUUAUGUGCCAUUUAAUAUUUCUCCCGGUCCCACAGAGGAGCCGCUUAUGUCACUGCUGCUGCUACCACUGCCUCUCAGGGGGUGACACUAGGUGCACACUGCUUGGCUGAUCUGGAGCGUGAAACCCAAUCAGCCGAGUGAUCGUAAAAGUGUGUACCCAGCUUGAAUGACAUCACACCACAGCCUCUGCAUGUACAGUAAGUGACCUCACACCACAGCCUCUGCAUGUACAGUAAGUGACAUCACACCACAGCCUCUGCAUGUACAGUAAGUGACAUCGCACCACAACCUCUGCAUGUACAGUAAGUGACAUCGCACCACAGCCUCUGCAUGUACAGUAAGUGACAUCGCACCACAACCUCUGCAUGUACAGUAAGUGACAUCGCACCACAGCCUCUGCAUGUACAGUAAGUGACAUCGCACCACAGCCUCUGCAUGUACAGUAAGUGACAUCGCACCACAGCCUCUGCAUGUACAGUAAGUGACAUCGCACCACAACCUCUGCAUGUACAGUAAGUGACAUCGCACCACAGCCUCUGCAUGUACAGUAAGUGACAUCGCACCACAGCCUCUGCAUGUACAGUAAGUGACAUCGCACCACAACCUCUGCAUGUACAGUAAGUGACCGCACCACAGCCUCUGCAUGUACAGCAAGUGACAUCGCACCACAGCCUCUGCAUGUACAGUAAGUGACAUCACACCACAGCCUCUGCAUGUACAGUAAGUGACAUCACACCACAGCCUCUGCAUGUACAGUAAGUGACAUCACACCACAGCCUCUGCAUGUACAGUAAGUGACUUCACACCACAGCCUCUGCAUGUACAGCAAGUGACUUCACACCACAGCCUCUGCAUGUACAGUAAGUGACAUCACACCACAGCCUCUGCAUGUACAGUAAGUGACAUCACACCACAGCCUCUGCAUGUACAGUAAGUGACAUCACACCACAGCCUCUGCAUGUACAGUAAGUGACAUCACACCACAGCCUCUGCAUGUACAGCAAGUGACUUCACACCACAGCCUCUGCAUGUACAGCAAGUGACUUCACACCACAGCCUCUGCAUGUACAGCAAGUGACAUCACACCACAGCCUCUGCAUGUACAGCAAGUGACAUCACACCACAGCCUCUGCAUGUACCGAGUUGUAGAUUCUAGCAUUUAAACUGGGACAGAAUGUUUAGUUUUGGUAGAUGCUCUGAAUUUAAUAUGAAGAAUAACUUGCCCUGAUGUGCAUAGACCAUUAAAAUAGCAAUAUACCAUCAUUGGCUUCUUAUAUCAUAUAUAAUUAUAUAUAUAUAUAUAUGUGUGGUUCUCAUAUUGAGGACUGUUGUGGUGGCUUGUAUUCAUUAGGUCUGUGCUGCACAUGACAUGACUGCUUUCAGAUUAUACAUACUGAAAAUUUACUUUUUCAAUUUUUUUAUUAAAAUAUUAAUUUUGGAGAAUAAGAGUAAACUGUAAAUCAAAUCAAAUUCCUAUUCACAAGAGGCUACAUUGCAUCUUUUGAUAUUUAUAUACAACAAGAUAUAGAUGUUUAACUUUUACUUUUAACAGUCCAUUCCAGUUGAUGAAAAGUGUAAUCAAUUAGACAGGCAAAUUAAAGGUUGUUAAAAAUGAAGAGACGCACUUGAGCCCUGUAUCUUAUUGGUGUCUUGUGACUAUUGGGCUCAGCACAGAAAGUGUGUGCAUCCGCUGCACCUAGGUAAUGGGUCACUCUAAUACAUGAGCCAGUUUAUGCUGCCUGUAGUCCCGAACACCCAGGAAUCGGACUUCCCAUUUACUGGCUUUUCCAUUAUUUCAUUGUUCAUCUGGAUGGAAUAUUACAAGUACUGGUAUACAGGCAGGAUUGCUGCAGUAUUUACCUGCAACCAAGUAUUCAUAUGGGAGCUAUGUUAUAAUAAUAAUAAUAAUAAUGAAUUCUUAUACCGAUCAAUGUUGCACUUGCAGUUUACUAGGAAGGCAGAUGGUGUCAGUAUGGAGCUGUUGUUGUCUAGUUAAAGAGGCAGAAAAAUUUCAAAAGUUAACUCGUCGUUAAUACUACUGUAGGUAGACAGCUGGUUUAGGGGAAACGGGUCUGUAAUAAGCUCAGGGUAACACCUGCCUUAGGUAAAGAUAUGUGACCAUUAGGGGAAUUUUCAAGCUAAUUUUGGAUUGGGUACUUAUUUGCUCUGAUGUGUGCCAAGUGUCCCAGAAAAUGUAAAACCACAGUACUGAAUGCAGGAUGAUUUCUCAUAAUACUACUUUCUGUUAUUAAUUCUGUAAAGGUGACGGUGCUUCUGGAGACCAGCAUUGCUGCCUUACUGGUCUCGUUUGCACUGAAAGAGGUAAUGCUGCUAACCUAUCUACUUUAUUUCAUGUGGGACAAGGCACCAUAUGCGUGUUGGAAUAUGUGUUGCAUACCUCCCAACAUUCCCAAUUUGGAGAUCAGGACAUUUUAGGCCUAAAACCAGGCCCCUAAAUUGCUAGCCCCUGCUUCUAACUUGCAGAAAAUCGAUCCUUUUUAUAAAUUGGGACAGUCCCACUAACUAAAAAAAGAAUGACUGCAGUAAUGCAUUUGGUAUGGGAUCCCAGCAGUCAGCAUACCGACGCUUUGAUCCUGACCACCAGAAUGCCGGCAGCGGGGCGAGUGCUAGUGUUGUGGACACCCAUUGAGUGGGAAUAGCGCCUGUUAGCCAGGAUUCCGGCUGUUGGCAUUGUCAGAGGUUGGGAUUCUGGCAUCGGUAUCCUGACCACCGGGAUCCUGACUGCCGGCAAUGUAACUAUCCCGUAGUCAUAUAUUGUCUAACUUGUGUUACUAUUAUUUUUGGUAUGUGUAGAGACAUUGACAUUCACUACAGUUAGGCCUCCACAAUUUAUAACUUAUUAAAGAACUCCUAAUAACUAAUCAGAAAGCACCACUCUGAAAAAUGACAUCAUACUCCUGCCCCCACCGCAAGUGCCUUGUGUACAAUAUGGGGCUAUUCUGAUUAGUUUAUUCUAUUUCCUUUCAAAAACAGCCUUUAGUUCUCUGGUUAGUCCCAUAUAAUAUAAAACAUAUAAAUAUAUAAUGUAUGUCUCUUCAGCUGUCACUGAGUUUAUGCCCUUAAUAAUAUAAAUUUAAAAACAAUAAUGUAUUCUAAUACACUAAGAUUAAUCUUUUUUCAUGAAUUGUUUUUUUUUUUUUUUUUUUUAAACAGUAACAUUUUGGUCUAGAGAGCAAUGGAUCCAUUUUCUAAGUACAGGCUUUUAAAAUUGUUUCAUGUCAUUUUUGUCUUGCCUUUUGGUACUGCAGCUUUAACAGAAAUUGAGUAGCACUUAAAAGAAUAUUAUGCUAGUAAGAGGAAACAGAUUUCGGGAUAAAUCUUUUGAGUCAUAACAUUGUAUUGUUUUCCAAUCAAAGUUUUGAACUUUUUUUUCUAUUUUUAAAACUUUUUGUAAAAAGCUGGAAAGAAAACAGUGUGUAUGUUAUAUGUGUAUAAACUGUAUAUGUGUGCCAUUUUUCAUUGAUGGAAAUGUUCUCAGAAUAUUUAUUUACUAAUAUAUUUAUCUUAAGACCAGUCUUAUGUUGAGUGUUAUCGGGGUAAUCAAUGAAUAUUUCUAAC